AUGAAAAUCAAACAAAUCGUGUUGGGCCAGCUGUUGGCGGUUUGUAUCGCACUGGUGAGUAAAAGCAGCGAGAAAAUGCAGAAAAUGGGGCCAUUCUGGAUAUUCCUUCAGGACAGCGCGAGAAUACUGGCAAUAUUUCUGUUCAGCACCAUUAUCAUUCGACUGGACAAGAUGCAGCAUAAGAAAGGAAAAGUUCCAUUUUAUAACUACAUCAUAUGUGCCAUUACGGAUAUAUUGGGCAACGCCUUUUUAAUCUAUGGCUACUCAGAGUCCGCAAGCUACUUCGUUGUAUUUAUUGCCCAGCUUAUGUAUCCCAUGAUGAUAAUCACCGCAAAGGUGCUGUUCAACCGGAAUCCUGAGAUAUCGCUGCUCAAGAUUCUUGCAUUCAUCGUGCUCGUGACAUCCUGUUUCUUCGUUAACAAGUACAAUCACAACGAGUCAUCGAAGAACAUGAUCAAAGGGUUUGUUUGUGUCCUACUCUCCAACUCGUUCUUCAUCGCCAACAUUGUACUGCAGUCGAGAGUUGUGAAGGUGAUAGGGCCAUUUCCCUAUUUAAAAAGGGUGAACAUUGCUAGUUUGGUUCUCUCACCGAUAAUCAAUCUCGCGAUAAACUACCGGAACUUGCCGAAAAGUUUUGAUGACGUUUGGUCGUUUUAUAAAUUACGAUACCAUUGGCUCGGACUGUACACGCUGUGUAUAUCCGCUUUUUAUAUACUCGGGACGUUCUACAUUGAAUGGAAUGGUCCGGUGCCGUUCAACAUUGCUACGCUUCCGUUUUCAGCAUAUUUUGGGCUCUUGAACAUUUUUGAAACUUUUAAGCCCUACGUUGUGUUGGCCUACAUGAUUUGUAUCAGUGCCAGUCUUUAUUUAUUGCACAAGGAACUCCGCUAGUUGGCACGACUGCCUGGUUUAAUUAAACCAUUGCACGAGAAGUAUGGCCAAUAAUUAAAAAAUUCGUUCAAAAAGUCAUUCAGAUUUGUCGCAUAGCUUACAUUUUUGUUGUUUUUCGAAUAAAACGAUCAUUU